GUCACUAUGGUUACGGGGACCUCUGGAGCCGCUUGCUGUGGAGCGGGCCCGGCCCAGGGCUGCAGCCGCUCUGGAGCCACAGAUUUUUGAUGCUCUUCAUAUGUCUGUCUCUACGGUGGAUAUAGCCAAGCAACUUUUACAUUCAUUUGGAAACGGGAAAUUUUGAGAAAAUGAGACUGAAGAUAUCACUUCUAAGAGAACCAAAACAUCAAGAACUAGUAAGUUGUGUGGGCUGGACCACUGCUGAGGAGCUGUAUUCCUGUAGCGACGAUCAUCAGAUUGUCAAAUGGAACUUGUUAACAAGUGAGACCAGCCAAAUCGUCAAGCUCCCUGACGACAUUUACCCCAUUGAUCUUCACUGGUUCCCAAAGAGCAUUGGCGUGAAGAAGCAGACGCAGGCUGAGAGCUUUGUCCUCACCAGUUCUGACGGUAAAUUUCACCUGAUCUCGAAAUUAGGAAGAGUGGAAAAAAGUGUAGAAGCUCAUUGUGGAGCUGUCCUUGCAGGGAGAUGGAAUUAUGAAGGAACGGCGUUGAUUACAGUUGGUGAAGAUGGACAAGUAAAAAUUUGGUCAAAGUCUGGGAUGUUAAGAUCUACUUUAGCUCAGCAGGGCACACCGGUCUACUCAGUAGCAUGGGGCCCUGAUUCAGAAAAGGUCCUUUAUACAGCAGGGAAGCAGCUGAUUAUUAAACCUCUUCAGCCAAAUGCUAAAAUUUUACAGUGGAAAGCUCAUGAUGGAAUUAUUUUAAAAGUGGAUUGGAACUCAGUCAAUGACCUCAUCUUGUCUGCUGCUGAAGACUGUAAAUAUAAGGUAUGGGAUAGUUAUGGCCGUCUGCUGUACAGCUCCCAGCCUCAUGAGCAUCCUAUUACCUCAGUUGCCUGGGCUCCGGAUGGAGAAUUAUUUGCUGUGGGAUCAUUUCAUACUUUACGCUUGUGUGAUAAAACGGGGUGGUCAUAUGCUUUGGAGAAGCCGAACACUGGCAGUAUAUUUAAUAUUGCUUGGUCUAUCGAUGGCACUCAGAUUGCUGGAGCUUGUGGGAAUGGGCAAGUAGUGUUUGCGCACGUGGUGGAGCAGCGUUGGGAAUGGAAGAACUUUGAAGUGACCUUAACUAAAAGAAGGACCAUGCAAGUUCGGAAUGUUCUUAAUGAUGCAGUGGAUUUAUUGGAAUUCCGUGACAGAGUCAUCAAAGCGUCUUUGAACUAUGGACACUUAGUUGUUUCAACAUCUCUUCAAUGUUAUGUGUUCUCUACAAAGAACUGGAAUACACCACUCAUAUUUGACCUGAAAGAAGGAACUGUUAGCUUAAUUCUGCAGGCUGAAAGGCAUUUUCUUCUUGUAGAUGGAGGAGGCAUCUACUUAUAUUCUUACGAAGGACGAUUCAUUUCCUCUCCCAAAUUUCCAGGGAUGAGAACAGAUAUUCUGAAUGCCCAGACGGUGUCUUUAAGUAAUGAUACGAUAGCAAUCAAAGACAAAGCGGAUGAGAAAAUCAUCUUCUUAUUUGAGGCAUCAUCAGGAAAACCACUAGGUGAUGGAAAAAUUCUUUCACAUAAGAAUGAAAUCUUGGAAAUUGCUUUGGAUCAAAAAGGACUUACCAAUGAAAGAAAAAUUGCUUUUAUUGACAAAAAUAGAGAUCUUUAUAUCACUUCAGUUAAACGUUUCGGGAAGGAAGAACAAAUUAUUAAACUUGGUACGAUGGUCCAUACCCUGGCAUGGUGUGACACGUCCAAUAUACUUUGUGGGCUCCAAGACACUCGUUUUACGGUUUGGUAUUAUCCCAAUACGGUGUAUGUUGAUCGAGAUAUUCUGCCCAAAACGCUGUUUGAAAGGGAUGCAAGUGAGUUCAGUAAAAAUCCCCACAUCGUGAGUUUUGUUGGAAAUCAGGUGACCAUAAGAAGAGCAGACGGCUCUCUGGUUCACAUCAGCAUAUCACCAUAUCCCGCUAUUCUUCACGAGUAUGUUAGCAGUUCAAAAUGGGAAGAUGCUGUAAGACUGUGCCGAUUUGUCAAGGAGCAGACAAUGUGGGCUUGCCUGGCUGCCAUGUCAGUGGCCAAUAGAGACAUGACAACUGCAGAAAUAGCCUACGCAUCCAUUGGGGAAAUUGACAAGGUGCAGUACAUCAAUUCCAUCAAAGACCUUCCAUCCAAAGAGUCCAAGAUGGCCCACGUGCUGAUGUUCAGCGGCAACAUCCAGGAGGCCGAGAUGGUCCUCCUUCAGGCAGGCCUCAUUUACCAGGCGAUCCAGAUCAACAUCGAUCUUUACAACUGGGAAAGGGCCCUUGAGUUGGCUGUAAAGCACAAGACACACGUCGACACAGUUCUUGCGUACCGGCAAAAGUUUUUGGAGACGUUUGGUAAACAGGAAACUAAUAAACGAUAUUUACAGUAUGCAGAAGGGCUCCAGGUCGACUGGGACAAAAUCAAGGCCAAGAUUGAGAUGGAGAUCACUAAAGAGAGGGAGCGGUCCUCCAGCCUCUCCGGCAAAAGCCUGAUGGCCAAGCACUGAGCACUCAGGGUCGCUGUCCAUGGUGGGGAACCCAUCAGAGGGAGGCUGCUUGUUUCCUGUGAGCUUUCGGUCCCCCAGGCCACUCAUUAGCAGAGGGUUUCUCUCCUCCCAUAGUUCCAAGGUGCCUACCUAGCCAUCCCUGUCCCAAGAGUGGUUGGAUGUUGGCCUUCUCUCUGCUGCUGUUCCUGACUGUCUGUGGCAUAGAAAGCAUUGAUGCUCUUCUUCAAGUUCUGAACUUCUUGAAAAGAACUAUCAUGAGCCUGUUCAUUCAACUCUCCAAAACUGUACAAUCCUCCAAAUUGUUGUUAGAGUGAAAAUUAAAGGAGAUGGAUUUGUGAAAAUGCCAGGUGGAUCAUUAGCAUUGGUGCUUAAGGUUUUCCUCUAAAGUAAAGAGAGUAUCAUAUAAUUUUUCUCAUAUAUACACAGUUUUUAUUGAAAUCACCAAGAAGGGAUAUGAAAAAGCUCUAAAGCUAUGUCUGGACCACAUUAAUGUGAAACACAGGAUUCCCAAAUCUGAGACUUUGGAAGUGGCCUGUGCAAUGGGUGCACUAGAUUUGGCAUUCAGUAUAAUUUUCACCAUUGUUUCUUGCAAGAUGUUAGAAUGCUUUUGGAAAGUGUUGUGAACAACAGUGCUGCUAAUUGGGCACGUUUGCCUCCAUGCCUAGCCCCUAGCAUUCUGUGCCUCACUUAAGUAAGAUUUUACAGUGAACUCUUUUUGAUUAGUCUAUCACAGUAACUUUUCUUCAAUUAUUAUGGUCUUAUGAGUUGUUAAAAUUUAUAUAAAUGAAUCUUUACAUACUUAUUUCCUAUGUUAGCACUAAAUAAUUUUGUACCUUUUGCGAACUUAAAUGUGAUAUAAUGAUUGCAAAUACUGUUAAAUACAAAUAUUUCUUCACCUUUCAUAAAUUUAUUAAAUAAAAGAUAAGUUUAUCCAAUAAAGUGCAUUUAUACUU